AUUGCUAGUAUUUAUAGAAGUGUCAAGAUUAAGAGAGGAGGUUCUCCUAUAAAGGAGGUAGCAGCCAAGAUGCCACCUAUCAAAGAUUUAAAUGCUUUGAUACAAAAUUACAUCAAGCUUAAUAAAGUCAUGGUAUUCAGUAAAUCAUACUGUCCAUUUUGUACAAAGGUGAAAGAUUUAUUUAAAAGUUUAAAUGUUGAAUAUAAAUCAUUCGAACUAGAUAAAGAAGAAAACACAGAUGAUCUCCAGAAUACUUUACUUCAAAUUUCCGGUCAAAAAACAGUGCCUAAUGUUUAUAUUAAUGGCAAUCACUUAGGAGGUUGUGAUUCAACAUUAAAAGCCCAUAGUGAUGGUCAGUUAUUGAAAAUGAUCAACACAACCACAAAGAAGUAUGACUAUGAUCUCAUUGUUGUUGGUGGAGGUUCUGGUGGUUUAGCAGCAGCUAAGGAGGCUUCAAAUUUUGGUAAAAAAGUUGCCUUACUUGAUUUUGUGAAACCAAGUCCACAAGGAACACAAUGGGGUUUAGGUGGUACUUGUGUCAAUGUGGGAUGUAUCCCCAAAAAAUUAAUGCAUAGGGCAGCUAUAUUAGGAGAAGAGUUUUCAGAUGCUAAAAGUUUUGGCUGGGAUGUAAACACAGAAGUCAAACAUAACUGGGAAACAAUGACUGCUGCUAUACAGGAUCAUAUUGGUUCAUUAAACUGGGGUUAUAGAGUACAGUUACGUGAAAAAUCUGUAAAUUAUAUUAAUGGUUAUGGUGAAUUUAUAGAACCACAUACAUUGAAGGUUACCAAGAAAAAUAAUAAAGUUGAAGAGAUAAGUGGUGAAACAUUUUUAAUAGCUACAGGUGAACGACCAAGAUAUCCUGAUAUUCCAGGUGCUAAGGAGUAUUGUAUAACCAGUGAUGACCUGUUUUCAUUACCAUACUGUCCUGGUAGAACAUUGUGUAUUGGUGCAUCUUAUGUGUCUCUAGAAUGUGCUGGAUUUCUAGCAGGACUGGGUUUAGAUGUGACUGUUAUGGUUAGAUCUAUAUUAUUACGUGGUUUUGACCAACAAAUUGCUGAAUAUAUUGGUCAAUAUAUGCAGUCCAAAAAUGUUUUCUUCCAUCGAGGUGUUGUACCAGUAAAGAUAGAAAAAUUAGAGGAUGGUAAUCCUGGUAAAUAUAAAGUAACUGGUAAAAAUACUAGUACUGGAGAUAUUGUUGAAGAAGAAUUUAACACAAUUUUAAUAGCUAUGGGAAGAGAUCCAUGUACAGCUGGUAUAGGAUUAGAAAAAAUAGGCGUCAAAUUAGAAAAGAAUGGUAAAGUUAUAUGUAAUGAUGAAGAUCAAACCAAUAUACCUCAUAUUUAUGCUAUUGGUGAUAUUGCUAAAGGUCGUCCAGAACUAACACCAGUAGCUAUCCAAGCUGGUCGUCUGUUAGUGAAUAGAUUAUAUAAUAAUUCUAAAACUCUUUGUGAUUAUAUUAAUGUUGCUACUACUGUGUUUACACCUAUAGAAUAUGGAGCUAUAGGAUAUUCAGAAGAAGCUGCCAUAGACAAAUAUGGUGCUGAUAACAUUGAGGUUUAUCAUUCCAAUUUCAUGCCUUUAGAAUGGACAGUACCACAUAGAGAAGAAAAUGUCUGCUAUGCCAAACUAGUGUGUUUAAAAACAGAAAAGGAAAGAGUUGUAGGUUUCCAUGUGUUAGGACCUAAUGCUGGAGAGAUAACACAAGGUUAUUCUAUAGCUAUGAGAAAAGGGGCUACUAAAGAAGAUUUUGAUAUGACUAUAGGUAUACAUCCAACAUGCUCUGAGAUAUUUACCACGUUAAAUAUAACGAAGAGUAGUGGUGAAGAUACAGCUGUAGCUGGUUGCUGA